GUGAUCAAGAAAAGCGACAGCACAACUGGAAAAGCCGCCUUCUAUUUUCACCCUAAGCUUUCUCGGGAAAAGUCAUGGACAUUGAGUAAGCUCAAAGCUUUCUUGUGUUGUCCAUCCUAAACUUUCUCGAGAAAGAUCAUGAAAAUUAGGUAAGCUCAUCAUAGAUUGCCAAAAGUCUGCUUUAUUUUCUGUUAUUUGCCUAUCUUUACAAAGAAAACGUAAUUGGGUUAUAUAUAUAUAUAUAUAUAUCAUAAUCCGACAAGAAAUCACGCGUUUUCUUGUAAUUGACUAAUGUGUUUCUAUAUAUAUUAUGAUUAUUAUAACUAAUCUAUAGAGUGAGAGAGAAGCUUAGAGAGAGAGAGGGGAUGACUGAGACUGUGAUAUAGUUAGAGAGAGAGUGUGUUUUCUCAGCUGAGAUGGAGUAUUGUCGGCGAUACGGCGUCGUAAUUGCCGUUUGCUUACCGUUGAUCGCCGUUUCGAUUAUCAAACACUCAGACGGUAGGGAAAUCCGGCCGUCGGAGCACGGACUGGCGUACCAGAAUGCGCCUGCGACGGGAAGGAAGUCGCCGGAGAUGCUGUCCUUCUUCGGCGGAACUAGGUCGGCGGCGGCGUCGUCGAACGUGACGCUUCCGGAGGCGAGGAACACGAGCGGUCCGUCGUGGUGGACUGACCCCAUCGGCGGCGGGCGGAGAGGGCACGGCGGCGAUCGCGUGAAGGAUGCGUUAUUGGUGGCCUCGGUGGUUUGCGGGAUAACAGGUGUCGCUUUGCUACUUGUCGCGGCAUUUCUUUUUCUCUCUCACUACCGAAAGCAAAGGACCUCGUCACCAUCAUAGUCCAUCCAUUUCCAAAACUUACUUCUUCACCCGUGGGAGGGAAAGAAGAUUUAGACCGUGGACCUCUACUAUUAAAGAUAUAGAAUUGUUACGUGUGCGUGAAUGUGUGUGUGUGUGUAUAUAUAUAUAUCUCUUUAAUAGUGUAUACGUGAAGAUUGCCGUAA